AUUAGAGUUAAAGAUUGUAAAGAUACAGGAAAUGUCUUACUUUACUUAUUCAGUGGUAGUUAUUAUAUGGGUUGUGCUAAACAAGCUUGCACUCUUACUUGUGAAAUUGCUGAAAAGGCUGAAUGCCCUGUUUUCACAUUUGGCUAUUACCUUAAUCCAAAAUAUCAAUUUUCUGCUCAACUUUGCGAUGCUGUAGCUGCAUAUUUAUAUCUUAUUAACCUGUCUCUAUGGGUUGAUUUAACAUCUAGUAUGCCAUCAUUCUUGGAGCCUGAAAUGGAUAAAACUGAUCACAUUUCCAAGUUCCUUGCCUUUCUUAUAAUUGGUUCUCCAUGUCCCAUGUCAAUUGAAUAUCUUAAACAUGUCAAAAUUGUUUCAGAAAGAAUUAAACAAAAAAAGCUAAAUGUGGUUGGUCACUCUUCUUUUUCAAAAUUUCCAAGAAUUAAAUUAUAUUGUACGAAUAAAGCUUUAGCUAUUCCUUAUAUUAGUCCAAU